CAACGUGUCUGUGAGCACAGCACGAGUCAUGUUUGCACCUACGCGUGAUGUGUAAUAAAUAAGUGCUGACGCCUUGUUUAAAUAGGAUAGUUGGACGAAACUCUUACAGAGAUACUUAUUUUAAAACUUUGUGAUAGAAAAUGUCAUUGUGGCCGUUGUUAGUUACGCUGACUUGUUUCUAUGCUAUUGUGCUUGCAAGACGUUAUUUAGAAGGUGAUGUCCGACUUAUUGGUGGGUCCAGGAGGUAUAUGGGAACUGUUGUUAUUUUUCAUGAUGGAAAAUGGGGAGCUAUAUGUGACAGCCAAUGGGACAAACAAGAUGCCACUGUAGUGUGUAGACAAUUAGGAUAUUCUCGAGUUGUGAAAACUUCUAUCAGAUCUGAGUUUGGCAUGGGAACCAAAAGAAUGUGGCUCUCGGGUGUACAGUGUCAUGGUGAUGAACUACGCUUGUCUGACUGUUUAUCCAGAGGUUUUAAUAGCUCUACCAGAGACCAUUGUCCGGGUCGUGCUAGAUCCGCUGGUGUUAUUUGCAGUGCAGCCAUAAUCAAAUCACAAAAAUCAAGUGGUGCAGCAAAACCAACUUUGGACAAAUCGAAUACAAGUGGAAAAAGGAGGCAAAUCUUGAAUUCCACUAGUAGCGAAAUGUCCGUAUUUCCUAUCCCUAAAUUAUCCUACAAUGACAGUGAUUUAAAUUCAACUGAUGGAGUCACUGAAAUAGCUUCUAUUAGAGCACCAUUAAUAUCAGAAUACUUAAAUAACGGUAGUGAAAAAAACUAUAGUGUAACACACAAAAACUCAAAUGUUCAGAAUAUAGUCAAUAAAAAUGUCUCAAUAGACUCACAAAAACAAAAUAUAUCUAUAGCUUCAUUCAAACAAAAUAAAUCAAUGAUUAAUUUACAUCAGAAUAAUGACACUCUCGAUAAAAAUGUAUCUAUAAACACUCUUAAACCGAAUGUUUCAAUCGACAUACUUAAACCAAAGUUACCAAUAGACACAUUCAAACCAAAUGUAACAUACACAUUUAGAGAAAAGCUAUUAAUAGAGAAACAAAAUGUUUCUAUAGCCACACUUAACUCAAAUAUUUCAAUAGACACUAAAGAGUAUAAUAUUUCAAUAGACACUCUCAAGUCAAAUAUGUCAACGGAAACUCUGAAAAAAAAUGUAUCUAUAAAUACUUUAAAAUCAAGCAAAUCAUCAGAAAUGCUCAGACACGAUGUUUCAUUAGACACACACCAAUCAAAGUUAUCAAUGGAUUUGCCUCAGACAGAUAACCUGCACUUGUUGGAGAAAACUAUUAAUGACAAUUACCUGUUGGCUGCCGAUGCACCUCACGAAAAGCCUAAUUUAGAGCUACGACUACAAGGUGGACGUUACAAAUGGGAAGGUCAUUUGCAAGUUCGUAUAAAAGAUGAACCAUGGAUGACAAUUUGUGCUGAUUUCUGGACUUUGAGAGAAGCAAUGGUAGCAUGUCAUCAACUGAAAGACUUUGGGAAAGGAAAGCAAGCUCUUUUGACCAACUUCUUUGGUGGAACAGAUAUAAUUAAAGGGUAUUACCGUAUCAAAUGUUUGGGAAAUGAAUCUACACUAGAUGAAUGCCAUGUCACCAAAAGUGAUAAUACUCACGUUUGUUCCAAGAAAACUUCAGUCGCUGGAGUUGUGUGCUCUAAUUAUCUUCCAGACUUGGUGCCUAAUUUACGUGCUCUUGAAGAUUCUGUGCGACUUCAAGAUCAACCCUUAUACUAUUUAAGAUGCUCUAUGGAAGAAAACUGUCUCUCUGACUCAGCAUAUGUAGUUUAUAAUACAAGCUCUGCAUGGAGAAGUCAUUUACGCCGUCUUUUAAGAUUUUCUACAGUUGUUCAUAACCGGGGACUCGCUGACUUCAAACCGUAUUUACCAAGAGGACAAUGGCAAUGGCACGCUUGUCACAUGCAUUACCACAGCAUGGAGAUAUUUGCCCAUUAUGAUAUCAUUGACCGUAACGGAACUCGUUUGGCACAGGGAAGUAAAGCAAGCUUUUGCUUAGAAGAUUCAGCCUGUGAUCAAGGUGUUCAUCCACAGUUUAACUGUAAGGGUUACGCUGAACAAGGUUUAUCCGUGAAUUGUUCAGAUAAUUAUCUGUUCGACAUUGACUGCCAAUGGAUAGAUAUUACAGAUAUCAAGCCAGGUGAAUACGAAUUUCUAAUUGAAAUUAAUCCUGAUAUGCUUGUUGCCGAAAGUAACUUCGACAAUAAUGUAGUAAGUUGUCGACUCUACUACAGUGGAUUUUUUGCAAGUCUACGAAAUUGUCAUUACAAAAGCUUAUUGGACUUCAGAAAGCCAUAAAAAUAUUAUGGUUUACACAAAGCAACCUGUAUAUCAAAAGCUGUGCUUAUUGAAUAUUUUAAAAAAUAAAAUUUUAUAUCUAUAAA